GGAGCAAUUAUAACCGAAGAUCAGGAUCAUCCAAAUCUACCCAUUCUUCUCUCCUUUUAUGUCAUAUAUACUCACACUUUACACUUCACCCCAUUCCUCUCUCUCUCUCUCAAAAUAGUAAAGCGAAAAUCAAUACCCAAGAGAAGGAUUGGGCAGAUAUUGGUGAUUUCUUUCAUCUUCCAUCUUCCCUGUUCCUCAUCAAGCGAAUCACCAAACAAGUGACGUCCUACCCUGCCAUCCCAAACUGCAGCCCUACCAACACAACAUAUCAAAAGCAACAACCCCAUCACAUCACAUCACCACACUCUCAUACGAUACGAUACCAAAGAACCAAAUCACCAAAUAACCAUCUACAAUCAUGACUACAUAUUCUUCCACUCCACUCUUUGGCGGCGCCCUCAUAGUUGAUCUUCCAUCUACAUUCGCCGACGUCAGUACAAUAAGACAAGUUCCCGACCAUCAAGAAGUCUAUUUGGACAAAGAUGGCUUCACCAGUAUCAUAUUCGAUAUCACCGAGCGAGUCGGCACUGCGGGCUCCAGCCCAGCGACCGACGGAGCGGCUAUGACGACUCAUUUGGAGGAUAUUGUUGAUUCCGAUCUGGACACUGUGAAAGUAUGGUCGAUUACUGAUACUAAGUUUUCUAAAUUGCCCGAAAACACUCCCGCCUACACACUCAUCGCCACUCAAACACCACCUCACGACCCCAAUUCCCGCGCCUCAGCUCCAGAUUUCACAGCCAUAGUACUUAAUCUCAUCCGAUUAGAAAGAGAGAGUACAGAUAUCUUGGUAACAAUUAACGUGCCUCAUAUUAAAGGCGAAUAUUCGGCCGAUGAUGUGGAUUUGCAAUUGGGCAAACAGGGGAAAUUGAUUGAGAAUGCUGUCGAACAUGCAGCUAAGAUUUGGGAAACGUUCAAGAUUAAGGACUGGGGUCUUUUUGAUGAGGUUUAGAUGAUAAAAUGAGAAGAAUGAUAGGUGAAUAGCGAUUUGGGGAUUUCACGGGGGAAGGUUGAGAUAAGAUGAAAGGGUACGGGGAUUUAUUUAUUAUGAAUUUGGCUGGAUGCUGGGGAUUUGCUAUGACGAUGUUUCAUGGGUUGUUUUUUCAAAUUUCCAUUCCCUUUGUCAGGACAGAGCAAUGCGUAUCUACAGAAUUAGCAUUCAUUAUGAAGAUUAGCCUGAACA